AUGAAGAACGCGCCACGCACUGGAGAAAAAGUGGUGGAACUGGCUAUCAAUAAUUCCCACUCCCCAAGUCCACAUAACUCCCGCGACCAAAUCGCCCAACUAGAGGCGAGCAACAACUUAAAUGAUACUGAGCUAAAUAAUCGAUUCGACAAUGAUCCUGACCAAGUCGCCCAACUAGAAGCGAGCGACAACUCAGAUGACGCUGAGCUGAUUCCACAUCGACUUAAACGCCGCCGAUUCGGCAACAACACCGAUCAAAUCGCUCAGCAAGAGGAUAAAGACUACUCAAACGAACCCGAACCUAGGGAAAGAGAGCCUGUCCCUGCAGGACUUACUUGUGAAAAUCAGGUCACUGAGAUUCUAUCCCAACUCACAAUAGUGAAUACCAAGCUGGAGGAGGUUGGAUCAACAAUAGAAAACCAGGUUCAUGACCUCAAAAAGGAAGUUGAAACUCUCAAUAAGACAUUCUCCCUAAAGGAAACUCAACUUGAGGAAACCGAGAAAGAGAUGGUUUAUAUACUAGAGCAAAAGACAGAUGAAUUGAGGGAGGAGCUGAAGAAGAUGGCUGCCGACUGGAAGGAUGAGCUGCAGAGGAUGGCUGCAGAUUGGAAGGAUGAGCUUAUUGAAAGCAUUCUUCAUAGGAACCCCAGUCAUGUUUCUCUGCAAUGGAGACACAGGAGGGUGGAGUGA